AUGGGGGAGAGCGGGACCUCCUCCGGGGAUGACCAGGCCGGCUCCGACGUGGUCUGCGGUGGCCCAAGGAGCUCCAAGGCAGCCGAUUUUGUCCACCCAGUGUAUCACCGCAAAGGAGCUGGCUGUACUCCGAAGGAGCUGGGUGGAUCCAUUCACCUUCUUGCGGGUGAUUGGCUCAAUGUGGAUGGCCCACUUUUUGCGGUAGACUUGCACGACCUUGCCCUCUCGGCCUUUGUAAGUGCCGCGCACGACCUGGACCUCGUUGUCCUUGUGGACGGAGACCGAUUGACCGACUUCAUCUCAUCGCUUCUCCUCUCUGCUGCUCAAGAUUCCAAACCUCUAUACAUUCUCCUCCACCAGAAAACCUUACAAGCCGAGAGAGAGAGAGAGAGAGAGAGAGUUGUGGCAGUCCCCCACCUUCUAAAAUGGCUGCCGAUUCUCCUCGUACUCUCAUGCCACUUUUCCUUCUCCUCUGCUGCCAGAGCCACCCCUUCUUUCCCAAUUAAGGCUGUCAACCUCGGAGGAUGGCUGGUGACUGAGGGCUGGAUCAAGCCAUCCCUCUUUGAUGGCAUACCUAUCAACAACGAUCUCUUGGAUGGCACCCACCUCCAAUUCGAGUCCGUGACGCAGCAGAUGUACUUGUCCGCUGAGGAUGGCGGCGGAACGAUCAUCGUCGCGAAUCGGACUAGUGCUUCGGGUUGGGAAACCUUCACGCUGUGGAGAAUCACAGAGUCCACCUUCCAAUUUAAGGUUUUCGAUAAGCAAUUCGUAGGCCUCAGCAGCCAAGGAGAUGGUGUUGUGGCGGUCUCGACUGAUCCUGGCCAAUCAGAGACACUUGAGAUUGUGAGGAAUAACGAUGACCCGAACCGAGUUCGGAUCAAAGCACCAAAUGGAUUCUUCAUACAGGCGAAAACGGAUGUGUUGGUGACUGCGGACUACCCUGGGAGUACCAGCUGGGGAGAUGAUGAUCCUUCUGUCUUCCGGAUGACUAUAGUUGCCACACCGAAACUGCAAGGGGAGUACCAAGUCACCAAUGGCUAUGGACCAGAAAAGGCUCCACAAGUCAUGAAGGAGCAUUGGAGCAGCUUCAUAGUGGAGGAUGACUUCAGUUUCAUAUCCCAGAAUGGACUGAAUGCUGUAAGAAUUCCAGUUGGGUGGUGGAUAGCCAGCGACCCGAAUCCUCCAAAGCCUUUUGUUGGCGGGUCCCUCCAAGCUUUGGAUAAUGCUUUCGCAUGGGCAGGGAAGUAUAAUAUAAAGGUCAUUGUGGACCUCCAUGCCGCACCUGGAUCACAGAAUGGGGAUGCCCACAGUGGCACAAGAGAUGGUUCUCAAGAAUGGGGUCAGAAUGAUUCCUAUAUAGAUCAGACGGUUGCAGUGAUAGAUUUUCUCACAGCUAGGUAUGCUAAAGACUCAAGCCUCCUUGCAAUUGAGCUUAUCAACGAGCCGCGAGCACCCGGGGUAACGCUAGAUAGCCUGAAAAAGUACUAUCAAGCUGGAUACAACACUGUUCGCAAAUACACAUCCGAUGCCUACGUGAUUAUGUCGAACCGACUAUCGGCCGACCCGACGGAGCUCCUCGGGUUUGCCAGCGGAUUCCAGGGCUCUGUCAUCGACGUCCACUACUACAAUCUCUUCUCCAAUCAGUUCAAUGGCUCGACGGUGCAACAAAACAUCGACUACAUUAACAACAACCGAGCCAAGGACCUUGCUACCAUAACCAGAUCUAAUGGCCCCCUCACUUUUGUUGGGGAAUGGGUGGCAGAAUGGGAGGUGAAAGGAGCAACAAAGGAGGACUAUCAAAGGUUUGCGCAGGCCCAAUUAAAUGUCUAUGGGCAGGCCACCUUUGGAUGGGCCUACUGGACCCUGAAGAAUGUUGAAGACCAUUGGAGCUUGGAAUGGAUGAUUAAAAAUGGCAGCAUUACUUUGUAAACCAAGCUCUGCUGCUUAGGAUUAGAUCAUGCCUACAAUAAUCCGAAUAACGCUCAGAAUUGAGUUGAAUUUCCACCUAGCGACAAGCGGAAAUACUACUAGAAAACUUGAAAUGUCCAAGAUCAAUGCAUUGUCGUUGAUUACGCUACAUAAAUCAAUAAAUGGUGUUUAGGCAAAUAUCUUGUUUCUUUUGUCUGUGUGGUCCAAAAAAUCUAGAUGUGACCAAAUCAAAGGCAUAUGCUUGGUGCUGAAAUUCUGUUCGCAAUCAUAGCAAUAGGAACCAAAUCCUUUUAAGAUUUCGCCAUUGAGUUUGACAUGCAAAAGAAAAUAACUUCAGAAGAGGCGAAGAAACCGCUGACUGAAACUUUCAAAAUGAUAAAGCGGGUGGAGUUUGUAUGAUGCAAUUGUUCACUUGAAGCAGUUGCAGAGGAAGUCUCAAGUUGAUGGCUUGGGUUGUGUAGUUGUUGAUGCCGUGCCAAGUUCGAACUGGCAAAUGAGAAGUUGCUCUUUGGAUCAGAGAGAUACAGAAGACAGCCAAAUUUGGCCUCUGUGAUGUAGCUCUUUGGAAGAAGGAGAUAUAGGGAACUGAGAUUCCAAUCUCUUAUGAUGGGAAUACGAUGCCACAUAUGUACCUGCAACAAAUGUUGUCUUAGGUGUCUAUAGAAAUAUUCUAGGCAGGUUUAUUUACUUCUACUAGAGAAAAACCCAUG